UUGCAAGACGGCAAGUUAAAGUCACUAUAUAACACAAACAAAAUAUCCAGAGAAGGAACACAAAGUAAGAAAUGGGUAUUUCAACAUAUUGCACCCUCAAUCUUUUCCCCCCUCCUAUUUCUUCCCCAAUUUCGAGACCUGCAGAAGUCGCAUGCAACCCUGCUGCAAGGGAGCGAUCAUGGAAGAGCCAAUGCUUGUUAGGGUUAACAUGCGCGAUUAUUGGACUGGAAUUGGGGAAUUUCGCGGUGGUGGGCGAUCAAGAAAGAGCCAUUGCAGCGGAUAUGCCGUCAGCAGCGUCCAAGAUCAUCAUCAGGUGGAGCGACAGAAGGGCUUGCCAGCCGUGGCGGCCUAAUUCACUCGAGACCAUCGUGCCGGAGAACCUUCCGCGGCCUUCGGCCACUGGCUUCUCCGAGUCUGCGCCGCCAGUGAAGGUGGUGGCCAGGUCUAGAGCUAAAAGUUGUUUCUAUUUGUAACACUUUGUAUGAUCAUAGCUGCAGAAUGAAAAUUGUAGGCUAUACGGUACAGUAAGCUGUGAUUCGGGAUUCCAUAAAAACAGUGUUAGAUCUUCCAAAAGUAAUAGAACACUAGAAAAUUAUGAUGUUCAUUUUAA